AUGCCACAGUCAUUCGACGUCGGCGCCGCUAGGGAUGAUAUCGCCUGCAUCCUCCUGCGUGCUUCAUGCCAAGAUCUCAACGACAAACGCAAUCGGUUCGUUCCACGGGGCAGUUUAGUGUCCCAAUUCGACCAAAAGAAGGUGUCAGGCUUGUUAAGCACAUUCAUUCCCUCCGACAAGACUAAAAUUGCCGAAAUUGCACGUUUCAUUAGUCCCAGCAAGCAUCAAAGAUGUCCUUGUUGUAAGGAUGCUUUGUGCACAGGACUGAGAAUUAUCUUCGCAACAUUAUUCAUCCUUGGGAAACAGGAAGUAAUAUUGGAUAUUUAUCAAACUUCAGUUCAUAUUUGUGAUGGAGCUUGGCCAUGCAGCGAUCCAACCUUGCCAACCUACUUUUCCCGUGCUGCUGAGGCGCUUCGGGACGUCCUGCAAGCCCUAGAUGCACAUGAUCAGGAGCUAUUUCACCAGCUGCAGUGGCAUAUGAGGUCUCCGUACUUCAGUCAAUCGAGGACAAAUGUUGAUGAGCAGCCUUAUCAUCUAUUGCAUGAUGAGAUUUCGUUGCCGUGGUCAGAGCUCGACAUGCAGGGGAGGAUACUUGAUGGACAAGUCUCGUUUGUGCAAAGAAUCAAGAUACACCGAGAUCAUCACGAUUUCUCAGAUGCAAGUUUGCAAAUCGGAUUGAUCACCGAUCAGGCCAUAUUUACUAAUAACUUCUCGUGUCUUAGCAAGCUGGAAUACCUAUAG